CAGGAAUGCAAAGCUGCCUCACUUGCUGGCACAUUUCAGCCGCCUGGCCUGUGAUCCCGGGGGUUUAAGAACCGCCCUGUGGAGGAGGCGGCCCUGUAGCUUGUCUGGGACUUCUAGGUGGAGCGAGGAGGCCAGCAACACCGUCUGAGUUCCCGCAGGACCUGGGCAGAGAACCUCCAUGUACUCAGAGAUCCAGAGGGAACGGGCAGACAUCGGUGGCCUGAUGGCCCGGCCCGAGUACAGAGAGUGGAACCCAGAGCUCAUCAAGCCCAAGAAGCUGCUGAACCCCGUGAAGGCCUCGCGGAGCCAUCAGGAGCUGCACCGAGAGCUGCUCAUGAACCACAGAAGGGGCCUGGGUGUGGACAGCAAGCCCGAGCUGCAGCGCGUCCUGGAGCACCGCAGGCGGAACCAGAUCAUCAAGAAGAAGAAGGAGGAGCUGGAGGCCAAGCGGCUACAGUGUCCCUUUGAGCAGGAGCUGCUGAGGCGGCAGCAGAGGCUGAACCAGCUGGAAAAACCACCGGAAAAGGAAGAGGACCACGCCCCGGAAUUCAUUAAAGUCAGGGAAAACCUGCGGAGAAUCACCACGCUGUCAAGUGAAGAGCGGGUGCUGUAGAGCUGGCUGGGGGAGCCCCGGCCCCCCGCAGCCCUCCCCCGGCCCCCGCACCCUCCUCCAGCCCUUCUGUAUCUGGCAGCCCUGAGCCCCAGGUUUGGGGACAUCUGCUGCGUUCAUGCUUGCUCCUGUAAAGUGCACUGUCCCAGAGGCCCUGCCUAUCCCUCCCCCCCAUCCCACCCCCAGGAGCUGGGGGUCCCGAAGCUCGCAGGAGUUUCCUUCUGAGCACUCACCCCUCCUGCCCCAAGAGGAAGCCACCUGGGAAAACUUUCACAGGGCACCUCCUUGCAGGGGCGCCCAGCCCUUCCUGGCUCGACAGCCCUCCAUUCUGCCCAGGCCCCCAUGGGACCCUGAGUCUCUGGGCAGCUCCACUCACAGGUCUCAGAGAACUUCCCUGCCCGCGGUUUCACCUGCAGCCAGGAGUGAGGCAACUAGUUGGAGCAUCUCAGGACACCUGUCUUGAAAGCCAACCAAGGGGAAAAGGUUCAAGUGCAGUUGGCCCUGGUGAGGAAGGGCAGGACAGCCCGCAGGUGGCUCCAUCAUGGCAGGUGGGAAGGGUAGUAACAAAGACAGCUGCUUAGAGUUUGCCAGCCUCCCCCCACACCCCCUCUCCCCGGCCCCCUGGUCCAGGCCUCGUAAGCACUCCCAGCCAGGGCUUCAGCCUUCCUGCUACCAGGGUCUGCAGCAGUGCCUCUCAGACUCCAUCCUGCCUACAGCUCACCGGGGUCUUGUUAAGUUACGGCUUCUGCGUCAGCAGCUCUGGGGUGGGGCUGAGAGUCUGCAUUUCCAUCAAGCUCUGGGGCCACACUGAGCAGCAAGGCCGGAGCGCCAGGGGUGCUAAAUAUUGGAAACGUCACCCCUGAAGCCAACCUGCCCCCCAAGUCCCUCGGGCCUGUGCCCUGGGGUUCCCCCUUCCCCUGCAGCCUUCAGGGCUCUCUGUGUCCAGCCCAUCCAGGGCCCCAGGCCCGAGAAGAAUAAAGCCUAGCAGGUCGUGCCAGGUUUAUGACGGAUU